AGAUUACAGAACUGUGUCUGGAGUUCAUAUGUUUUGAUCCAAACUAUAACUAUGGCAGUGAUGACGAAGAUGACGAUAGUAUGGAUACCGAUGAUCAAGACGAUGAUGAGGGGUAAUGAAGGAUACUUAAUGAAAGAUAUACAUGUAUCCCUGUAGAUUGUGUGUAAGCAAUGAUUUCUGUUGUAAGCUGCUUGUAUGGAAACGUAAACAUUUGGCUGAUUUAUAGGUCUGACGAUGAAGAAUACAGCGACGAUGAUGAUAUGAGUUGGAAAGUAAGACUACUAUGAACUAUAGUAAAUUAACCCAACUUGAUGCUGGAUAGCUCUAUCAGUUCUGAACUGUUUGUAGUAGAGAUCCAGUAGCGACUGCCUCUUAUUUGAUUCAGUUUUUCUACAGGAAGAAACCUAAACUAAAUUCUCUUUAUUUAUUUAUUUAUACUGGAUAGCUCUAUCAGUUAUAAACUGUUCUCCCUUAGAUCUAUAAUGGUCAAUUCUUAUUGAUCCAGUGUUACUGCAGGAGGAAACCUAAACUGUUUUCCCUAGAGAUAUAGCAAAGGUCAAUUCUUAUUGAUCCAGCGUUUCUGCAGAAUGAAAGCUGCAGUAAACAGGUUUCUUCAGAGAUCUACUGUAUAGGGUCAAUUCUUAUCGAUCCAAUGUUACUGCAGGCGGAAACCUCAACUGUUUUCCCUGGAGAUCUAGUAAGAGACAUCCCUUACUUAACCAACAGAAGAAAACUGGAAUCUGUUCUGUUAAGCUGAAACAAAUUUAACUUUGCAAUUUGAAACUUUGCGAUUAUGUUCCUUUAGGUUCGUCGAGCAUCAGCAAAAUGUCUUGGCGCCGUCCUGGGUUCACGACCUGAUCUUCUGACAGAAUUUUAUAAAACCGUUUCGCCCGCUUUGAUUGGACGAUUUAAAGGUACACGAAGAAACUUAAAUUCAACGAACUCCUAUUUAAAGAGAAAUUUAACGCAAAAGUUGAUUGUGUUUAUGUUUUGUUAAUUUGUUUGACGAAUUGUUAAUGGAGGGGUGGAGAAAAUAUUUUACUUCCUGGGACCGCAAGGGAAAAUUCAACAUUUUUGCAAAUAAUCAAGUACAUCGACACUGUGACUAUGUGAUACUAACAAGUUGUCAAACUGGAUCUCAUGCUAUAUUUUAACAGAAAAAAUUAUUUCAGUGAACUGAGAAUCUUAAUAAUACUUUUAGGAAUACAACAUAUAAAACUAAUUUAGAUAACAUGCAUCAAGGGUCGGAUCCUAAGGUAAAUACAGAUGCCAAAAAGGUUACUAUACUAGGGGAGCCCCAGAAAAUUUUGAAAAUUAGGUGUCCCAGAUUGGCUAAAAAUGCAUUUUCCAUACAACAUUUGCUACAUCAUUCUAUGGUCUGAUACAUUUAUACACCAUCGCACUAUUGCAUUAAAAUGGAUGCACUUGUAAUUGCAUUUUUGAAGUCGUACAUUUUUGGGACCAAUGGUCGUCCCAUAGUGCGAUACGUUUUCCACCUUUUUAUUUAAUGAUUCGAGAAAUACCUAACUUGUGUUUUCUAACUUCCAACAUUUCCUUCCUGCAGAGAGAGAAGACAGUGUAAAAUGUGAUAUAUUCAAUGCAUACAGAGCGUUAUUACGUCAGACCAGACCUAUUACUUCGGCAUCUUUUGAUCCUGACGCAAUGGACGAAGAAAACAGGUAAUGUUACAAUAUAAUAUCGAAACAAUACAGUAUAAAACCUGUUUGAGCAUCAAAUAGAUUCAAAACUAAAAAAUUAUAAAUCAAAGAAAAUAAGCUCUUCACAAAGUAAUGAAAAUGACCCAGAACCCUAGAAAUGUCAUUGAGAUAAAUAACAUGUCUAAUUGCCUAAACAAAAUAUUUAUAAACAAAUAUACUAGUAUAAACAAAAAUAACAAAUAAUUGUAUUUCUUCAGUGACAAUACUACAUGACAAUCUCAACUACUAGUGACUGUAAGCAAGGUUUUCCAGCAUCAUGGACUGUUAGAUAAUUUGUCAUAAUUUAUAUAAAUAAUAAUAAUAAUAAUAAUAAUAAUAAUGUAUGAAUUACUGACUACUUUUAAUAAUUAACUACUUGUAUUUCUUCAGUGAAAAUACUACAUGACAAUCUCAACUACUAGUGACUGUAAGCAAUGUCUUCCAGCAUCAUGGACUGUUAGAUAAUUUGUCAUAAUUUAUAUAAAUUAUAUACCACACCUCCCCAAAAUGAGUCCUUUGCCCUUAAGAAAAUAAGAAAUCUAAGAACCUGUUUAGCCCAAUUUCCUGGUAAGCACCCUAUCGACUUUCCCUGUGGGUGGAAACCGGAGUACGUUUGUUCGUAACUAAACGUUUGUUCGUCAACCUAACUAAACACACUAUAUUUAUUGUAUUUUUAUGAUUGAUGAUAAAAACAAUAAAUAUUUGCGUAUUUUUAUCAUCAAUCAUAAGCAUUCAAUAAAUAUAGUGUAUUUAGUUAGGUUGCUGUGGUGGUGGGGUAACCGCUGGAAUAUCCUUGGCUUCAAUUUUACUAAAAGAGAUGCGCUAUCUAGUUUAUAUAAGAUAUCUAUGAUCAACUAAAUCAACAAGUGCGCAAAGUCGCAUUAUAUUAUUGACUAUUAUAUUUCCUAUUUCUUAAAACAUACGUACAAUUGUACUCCAGUUCAAACUCCUCUCGUCUUUGCAUGAUUUGGUCACUUCAAUUAACUUGGAUCAAAUUCCUACUACGUUUGGCCAUGUACAGUACAUAAGACCCGGUUUAGGCUAACUUAGAAAAAUCUAGGUUCUUAUAUUUCUGUGCUGUUACAUAUAUUGUUGACGUUUUGAUGGAAAACGUAUCUCAUUCUUCUUGUGAUUUUUGCCAGGCCGUUGACUUUACUUCAAGCCCAAAUUCCCGCCAUUGUUAAAGCAAUUCAUAAACAACUAAGGGAAAAAAGUUUCAAAACAAGACAGGUAAAUAGCUACGAGUCUUGUGGAAUUAAAGCCCAUUUUCCACCAGGCGAAUUUGUUCGCGCGAAGCGAAAAAUAAAUCUUGCCAAUGUGAUUGGUCAGCGGAAAAAAUUCGCCGCGAAAAAGUUGGAUCAGUUCCUACUUUUUUACUGUUCGCGCAAACAAAUUCGCGUAGUGGAAAAUGGGCUUGAAACAGUGUGGAUUCUGACUGACCAAAAUUGGUAGACUUUUACAGGCUUGACCGUCUGAGGUACACACCUGCACAUGUAUCUCGUCAAGAUUCGCUUUUUGCCAUGUGUGUCUUCUGUUCUUUAAAUAUAAAAUUGAAGUCCAGUGUUUUGCUGGUUUUGCUCAGCAUAAAUUUUUACUCAGUUUUUACCGUUUACACGCGUAAAAAUCUCACAACUUGUCAACAAGGUGUGUUCGCAACAGGCUUGUGGCAAGCUUGUCGACAAGUCGUAACAAUGUUGUUAUUUUAUCAAGUUGCUAUAACAAGGUUGUCACUCGCAACUUGUUGACAAAUUGUGGAAUUGCUGGACGAUAAGUUGUUGUUGGAACAAGUCUGUUGAAUGUUGAAUCAACAACUUGUUGACAAUUUGUCAACAAGCUGGGAACAAGCAGUGCGAACACAUCCUGUUGACAAAUUGUUGGAACAGCAUUGCUACAAGUCUGCUGCAGAUUUGUUGCAACUUGUACGUUUUGACAUGUGUAGCAAUCGCGCGCCUGCUGUAAUAGCUAUCCCAUGCGCCUGUUGAAAUGAUCAUUGCCACGCCAGCUUUUACAUGCUUUGUACGAAACGCAAAUUACUGAAAAAAUUAUACGAAUUUUUCUAGGGUUGUUUCAGUUUAUUGACAGAACUUGUGAAUGUGUUACCAGGAGCGCUAUCAGAUCAUAUUCCCGCUAUUGUUCCUGGAAUUCAAUACUCGCUCGGGUAAGUUCAUUUCAGUACUCGUAGAAAACAUCAAAGAUUCAAAGUGAAGGCACUGCCUUCUGCAUGAAAAAAACAAGCUACUGCAUGUUUAUUGUAUCAUACUCAUACAUGACUUGUGAAAUUGUUUGUUAUACUUUAUAUAUUAUUGAGUCUAAAUAUCUUGUGAUUAUUUUCAGUGAUAAGAACUCGACAUCGAAUAUGAAGAUUGACACAUUGACAUUUCUCAGUUGUAUUUUGACCCAACAUUCUCCGACAGUUUUUCAUCCACACAUUUCUGUUUUACUACCGGUGAGUGUAUGAAUAUUUGAAAAAGAAAUUGGCCCCUCCUCACACACCCCUUUACCCCCCUUGCACCCCUUCCCCUUUGCACCCCUUCCCC